CGAAUCUAUUCAAGCAGAUUUGUAUAGAAGGAGGAGAUUGGAAAAACGAAAACAAAAACACAAUCCAAUUUUUUUUCUUGAGAAGAAGAUCCAGGGAUUACAAAACCCUAGAGGAAUCUCUUCAAAUCAACCUUAAAAACCACCUAUUCGGCAAUGACAAAGAAGAGAAAGCUCGAAUCUGAACCCAAUGAGUCGUCAGAGGCGAUACAGAAGGCAUGUGAAAAGGAGGAACCAGGAAUCAGAAAUGAUGAUAAUCAAAGGGACGACGACGAAAAAGUAGAACAAGCCACACUAAAGGAAGAGGGAGCUCAAGAUGCUGAUAUUACAGAAGCGGGGACGUUGUCAGGAUCUAGGAAUUCGAUUAAUGAGGAUGAUGAAGAAGGAGAGCCCAUCGAGGAUCUAUUAGAGCCCUUCUCAAAGGAUCAACUUUUGGUUCUUCUCAAGGAAGCUGCAGAGAGACAUCGUGAUGUAGCUGAUCGAAUCCGGAUUGUAGCUGAUGAGGAUCCUGUUCAUCGUAAGAUCUUCGUUCACGGGUUAGGAUGGGAUACUAAAGCCGACGCACUUAUCGAAGCUUUUAAACAGUACGGAGAGAUCGAAGACUGCAAAUGCGUGGUUGAUAAGGUAUCUGGGCAAUCUAAAGGUUAUGGCUUUAUCCUCUUUAAGUCAAGGUCUGGUGCUCGUAACGCCCUUAAGCAGCCUCAGAAGAAGAUUGGCACUCGUAUGACUGCGUGUCAGCUGGCCUAUUUAGGGCCUGUACAGGGGAACCCUGUUGCGACCCCUGCUCAGCAUUUCAACCUUGAGAAUGUUCAGAGGAAGAUUUAUGUUAGUAAUGUUAGUGCAGACCUUGACCCGCACAAGUUGCUGGAGUUUUUCUCAAGAUUUGGGGAGAUAGAAGAAGGUCCUCUGGGGCUUGAUAAAGCUACAGGGAAACCCAAAGGUUUCACUUUGUUUGUCUACAGAUCCGCAGAAAGUGCCAAGAAGGCCUUGGAGGAGCCACAUAAGACCUUUGAAGGCCAUGUCUUGCAUUGCCAUAAAGCAAACGAUGGGCCAAAACAGGGUAAGCAACAUCAACAACAUCAUCAUCAUCACUAUAAUUCUCACAAUCAAAAUACUCGCUACCAAAGGAACGAAAACACUGGUUAUGGUGCACCUGGUGGCCAUGGACAUUUCAUAGCUGCUCAUAACCAAGCUGCACAGGCGUUAAACCCUGCCAUUGGUCAUGCCCUUACAGCUUUGCUGGCAUCUCAGGGUGCUGGAUUGGGUUUGAACCAAGCAUUUGGGCAGGCUUUGUUGGGGACAUUAGGCACAGCUAGCCCAGGAGCUGCAGUCGAAAUGCCAAGUGGCUAUGGUACUCAGUCAAAUAUCGCACCUGGGGUCUAUCCUGGGUAUGGUGCCCAAGUCGGCUUUCAGGGCGGUUAUCAGACUCAGCAACCUGGUCAGGGUGGUACUGGAAGAGGGCAGCAUGGUGUUGGGUAUGGUGGUCCUUACAUGGGUCAUUAGAUGUAGCCGUUCAGGUAAUUGCAGACUGAACCCAACCCUAACGUCCCUACAAAAUUCUAUGGGGUACCUGAUAUUUGAAUGCUACUCAUCUCUGCUUUAUCCUUUACUGACAAGAGAUGUUGUGAAUGAAUGAAUUAGUGGUUUAUAACUAAAAGAUGUAGGCAAUAGUUGUUUACUUGUUUAGGCUUCAGUAGGCAUCUGGCUGAACCAAAAAAGCUCAACUUGUUUUGGCUCUGUGCUAAAACAGUUGAACAAGUCUAUUUUUUCUAGCUUUUCCUGGUCGUGAAGUAGCAUUUUGAAUCUGUAGGUAUGAAUGUCCAUCUUAGUUGACCACAUCUCAACAUAUGUCCACUAAUGUGUUUUAGUUAAAUUUCGAUCUGAGUUUAGUAACACAGCUGGAAUUGGUGUUUUCUGUCGUAUCGUGGAGCUCUGAACUGUCUUCCCAAUAAACAGGUAAGUAAAACCGUUUAGCAUUGUGAAGAUUUGUAUAUAAUCUUAGAACCAUUGUCGAGGAAAGAAGCGUGUGGGUUCUAUGAUGAUGUGAAUUCUUACACAGAAUUUGAGCUGUCUUUUUUUUGUUGUGUGUGUUGUAUUGAAUCAUAGCUUCACGGGGGAUAGGACCAGAAUAAACUACUUGUCAUUGACUAAAGCUAAAGUGCAGAGUUUCUCCCUAGUUGCCCACAAAAUUAGUAUUUCCUGAACGUAAUUCUUUGGUUUGUUGCAUUGAACUGAUGAAACUUUUACAACACUUGAUUCUUAUGAGACCUGAGUUGCUACUGCAAAAAAAGAGUCUCUCUGUGACAGGAUCAAAGGGCCACACGUGAAUAUGAUUCGAGGGGAUAUCCCCUAAACAGUGGAGGAGAAAACUACAAAGGUAGAAGGAGAGUCAUAUGACAUUUGAUGUGUUGCAUGAUAAGAAGAAGAGAAGAGAAGAGAAGAGAGUAGUAAAGAAAGAGAAAAGGGGAAACAGAAACACGUGGGAGAACAUCCCAAAGAGGAAGCACACGCGGAUCUUCAUGCAAAGCCCGAUUCUCCCAUGUGGUCCCUUCCUCCCUUUGUCCCCCCCUCCCCCUUUCUCCUUUCUUUUUCAUUUUUACUCUGUUUUUACCAUUACAACGAAUCUUUUCCCUUUUUAUCAAAUUUGGUUUUAUUUUUUAGUUUAACAAAACUUUCUUGGUUGCUUCCCACCUCUCUCUUUUCAUAUAACAAGCGCAUUUUGGGAAA